AUGAAGCGUAACUUUUUCAACUUCGUCCAGGACCAAUGGUCCCAAGUUCCCCCUGUUAUUCGUGCUGAUCUGUCGGGUCAGACAGUCGUGGUUGUAGGUGCCAACGUAGGCAUUGGGCUCGAAGCAUCCAUCCACUUUGCAUCCAUGAACCCUGAGCAGCUCAUCAUCGCCUGCAGAAGCGAGAGUAAAGGGAAGGAGGCUGUCAAAGAGAUAACGCGGCGAACCGGCUACUCAAACAUCAAGCUGUGGCUUAUCGACCUCGCCUCAUUUACCUCUGUCCGUGAGUUUGCGGACAGAUUCGACCGCGAGGCUGGUCCACUCGACAUACUCGUGAUGAAUGCGGCGGUGGCAACGGGGAAGUACGAAGUGACCAUGGAUGGUUGGGAGACCAGCAUACAAGUAAACUAUCUCUCCACCACGCUCCUGCCCCUUCUCCUUCUCCCACGCAUGGUCGAGGCAGGCAAGAAGCACCACAAGCCUGCACGACUCAUCACCGUUGUCAGCGACUCGCACUACAGUACCCUCAUCCCUCAUGACGUCCAAGCGUCCCCAAAUCCACUCAGCAUGUUUAGCAGCCGAGAGUACUGCACAUCAGAGAAGUUCAGGGGUCGCUAUCCACAGUCUAAACUCCUUAACAUCCUCCACAUCCGCGCACUUGUGGCCCGCCUCCGCCCGCUCUCCCUCGUCCCCGUCACACCCGUGAUGCCGAACCCGGGGUUCUGCUACUCUGCGCUGCGUCGCGAGUUCGCGUCUUCGUGGAUGUUCUGGUUCAUGGAAAAACUCCUCGCGUGGCCCGCCGAGUACGGCGCGCGCCAGCUCGUGUUCGCCGCUCUGGGCAACCGGGGCUCCAAUGUGGACGAGGAAGCGAUGCGCGGGGCAUACGUGAGCCGGGGUGCGACAAAGGAAGAGAGUGACUGGGUGAUUGGCGAGGAGGGGAAGCGGACGCAGGAACUCGUCUGGGACGAGACGAUGGAGAUAUUGAAGGGGAUAGACCCGAGGGUGGAGAGAGUUUUGGGCGAGUAUAUGACUGCUUGAUGUUGCGAGAGAGCAGGAUCACGAUCAACUCGUUAAUAGCACAAAGUUGAAAAUCAGCAGCAACUCCUGUCGUACAGUGUUUGCAGUAUUAUGUCCAAAUGACCACUGAUGUCCUGGAGCUCCGCGCAUUUAGAGUGGCGAUGUAUUCUCUCCGUCUUCGGCAAUGUCCAAAAAUUUGCACGUCC